AUGAGUGGCAACUUCGGGGCAUCUUUGUUUGCCCGUCCACAGGUUGUUCAUGGAGGGAUGGAUGCGGAUGGCCUUGCUCUCAUAGACGAUGGUUUGAGCACAGUGUCUGCGCUGCUUGAGAUCAAGCACGAUGUUGCCAAAGGGGUGAUUUCUGAUGACGCCGUUCCUUGCAAUGUGAAAGCCAUUUUGGAAAAUGGUUUGGAGAUGGAUCUUAUGGAGUACACAGACCCCCUGGACAGGAGUCAGCGAAUCCGUUGGCAAGCCAUGAGGCACGACCAAGAUUCGAGCCGAUGUCGCUUCACCACCCUGAGCCAAAUCAGAGCUGUGUGUGAGGGUUUCUUUAAAGAAGCCGGCGAACAGCUGGAUGAGACACGGAAGGCGAUGGUGCAGUACUAUGGGAGCGGCAAGAGCCGAACAAUUGGUCGCUGGCUGAUAUCACUGACCCUUCCUGCAGAGGUGCUGGCCUUGUGCGCUCAGAAUGACAACUUCACGAACUACUUCAUCUACGACAACGAGUUCUUUACAGAAGGGAAGAAAAAGAUGUCCCUUCAUGGUAUGAAGGUGGCUUUGCAGCUUCUGGAGAGCGACCAGGAUUCUGGCGAGUCAAUCAACCCUGCUAAGUUCCGUGAGCACUACUGCAAACCCAUCCGUGCGGCAGAGCUUUGGUUGGGCAAAAUGAAACGUGUUUAUGGAGCACGGUGCGACACCCCUCUUUUUCAGAGGCUAGCGGACUUUUUGUUCACGGCGCGAGGCCGCCAACAAGUGUUGGCAUGUGUCCGUGCCGCAACGCCUUUGGAGGGAACCUCAUCCGAGAACCCAGGGGUCCCUGACUGCAGAAAGGUGAUGGAGUUGCUGAAAAGCACGGGUGAUGCUGUUUCUGCUGGCGCAGAGAGCACGCAGGUAAAUCCACAAGAGGCUGAGGUUCCAGCUCCCCCCACCGAGCCUGAGGCAGCAGCAGGUGCAGGAGAGUCUUCUUUGGAAGAGACUUUGUUCACCACACUGUGCGAGACCAAUGCCAAGAAAGGCAUCAAGUGGAGCGAUGAGGAUUCAGCUUUCCAAGAAAUCCUGGCCAGUGCCAACAUGGAUAUGGACGAAGUCACCAUCUUCAGGACAAUGUCGAGCUUCAAGGAUCGGCUAAAAGAAGUUCCUGUGAGCAGCAAAGGCCGCCCGCUUGUGUUUGCAGACUUUCCUACAAGCAAGAUGAAGGUGCUGGCAUCUUACUUGGAUGAAUGCAAGAGCUUCUUGGCGCCAUGGCAAUCAUGGAGCUUGAUCAUCCAUGUAGGCCCCCGGCUUCAAGUGCUUUCCACAGCUGCCAGCAAAGUCACCGAGCUUUGGCCAGAUCUCCAGCACUGGGCCAUUCAGUUGAACGCAGGCACCCACCAGACUUCGGCACGACCAAACUAUUGCAUCUACCUUGAGCGGGGGGCUGCGUCCUCAACGGCCAUCCCAACUUUUGUGAAGUGCCUUCGCUUGCGCAGCCCUGUACCAGAAGGACUUGGUAAAACCUGUGGGGACACGAAUUGCCCCCACAACCGCUCGGAGGAAGACAAGUUCGCAGACGAUGCAGAAGUGGAUCUGUUUGAUCCACAGGCUGACGAAGCAGAUGAAGAUGAUGCCAUGGAGGAAGUUGCCAUAGAGCAGCUGCACUCAUCAAGCGGGAAACGGGGAAAGGCAGUACCACUAUGGCCCUUCAGCUACAACUCCAAGUUCUAUUCUGCCAUCUUUCAGGAAGUGGGUCGUAUUGAGUCAGUGCUUUGCGUGCUCUACCUGGGCAGCAGCGCUCACCCUUCCGCUUUGGUGGCCGCGCGGUCUUUCAACAAGCUGACCUUGGCCUUGCUGGACAGACCUAGUGAGCACUCUUGUUAUCAUGGCCGCCGCUUGCUCUUGGAGAUUUUCUUCCGCAAGCACUUUCGCAUUCACCAAAGCAAAGCUGGUGCCAAGCGCAUGGCCCCGAAGCAAGAGCUUCAGUUCAUCGAGGUGGCCGAUGGCUCGUACAGAGAUUCUGCAAUCCAGGUGUUUGAUGUGCCAGCGGUGGAGGCUGACCCCUUUUCUGGAGUGGACUUGAUGCCAGCCAG